GAGUCCAAGGUCGCACAGUCCUCUCUGCUGCCUCGCUCGCUGAAUGGCUGGCAGUCCGCAGCAUCCCCGCCUCUGGCCACCGCAGCCACAGGUUUACAGUUCCCGGCAGCAGCGCCCCUCCCGAAGCCAACUGGAGCACCCUACUCUCUCCAGCACCCACCGUUGCCCUGUGCACCUCCCUGCCUCACUUCUCGCCACUCCCCUGGCGGUCGCUUUCCUCCCAACGACCCCCUCCCCCCCCAGGGGGUGCUUUGGCCACCAGAGACGCAAGCAGGGCUCAUUCCUCCCUGAGGGCCAGGAGGCCCGCAGAGAGCCUGAGAGUGGAAUCUAUUUACACGCGGUAUUAAUUAGUCUUUGAGGAGUCGUUCACCCACGUGUCAAUGUAAUUGUUGGUGUCCCGGCUGUAGGCUCGACCAGCCGCGACCGGGAAGAGAAAACCGCUCAGUCGCGGCGGGGAGUUGAAACCGCGCUCUGCGGAGCGUCCCCCCGUGGCCGGGCAGGACCUCGGACAGCGCCCGCGACACCAAUCCUUAGUCGCCUUGGGGCUUUCCAGCCUUGCUGGUAAAGCUGGGGCUGCUUCCUGUGCUUGCAGCUUCCAAAAUUUCGUCACCACACCCCUUCUGAAACUGGGACUCAUCGCGCCUGUUGUGUGGCUUUCUUUUUCUUCCGAAAGGUUCGGGUCUUAUCGCUCAAGUUCAAGUCCGGAGGACUUGCCCAGUCUCCUCCCCUUAAGUCAUUCUCUAUCCUCUGGCAACCGCGGAAAUCCGGGAGUCCUAGGCUGCUGGUGUCAGUGCCAACACAGGCAGUCCGGGUCGGUCGGGUGCAGCAACCGGGCGCAUUCGUCUCUCUCCCUCCCUUUCUUCCUUCCUCCGUCGUCUUCUCUACCUGCCCCUCCUUCUCUUGCCUCUUAAGUUUCCUGCACCGGGAAUUCAACUGUGCCAAGCCUAGGCUCCCGCGGACCAAUCCGGAUCGCGACCCGGGCACUGGGACAACGACUCCGCCAAGGCUGGACGAGGCAGCUGGACCUGUCCUCGCCCGAGCAUGGAGACGGAGCUCCGGGGAGGGCACGUCCCGGGCGCUGGAGACUCCAGGCCGUAGUAGCUCCUCCAUGGAGCCUGUUCAGAGCGGUUCUUGCUCGCUGCAUUUGCCUCCAGUCCUGUGCGGCUGCUGAGAGCGCUCCCUGCUCUGUAAAGUGGAUGUCAGGUGGAUCUAUGUUUUUGAAGGAACAAAGACUCAGCCAAGGCACCGCCAAGGAAGUUUGAGAGGAGGGAGGAUGCAGGCUGCGUGCUGGUACGUUCUUCUCCUCCUGCAGCCCACCGUCUACUUGGUCACGUGUGCCAACCUAACAAAUGGUGGGAAAUCGGAACUACUGAAGUCAGGGAGCAGCAAAUCCACGCUAAAGCACAUAUGGACAGAAAGCAGCAAAGACUUGUCUAUCAGUCGGCUCCUCUCACAGACUUUCCGUGGUAAAGAAAAUGACACAGAUUUGGACCUGCGCUAUGACACCCCAGAACCUUAUUCUGAGCAAGACCUCUGGGACUGGCUGAGGAACUCCACAGAUCUUCAGGAGCCUCGGCCCAGGGCCAAAAGACGGCCCAUUGUUAAAACUGGCAAGUUUAAGAAAAUGUUUGGAUGGGGUGAUUUUCAUUCCAACAUCAAAACAGUGAAGCUAAACCUGUUGAUAACUGGGAAAAUUGUAGAUCACGGCAAUGGAACCUUUAGUGUAUAUUUCAGGCAUAACUCCACUGGUCAAGGGAAUGUAUCUGUCAGCUUGGUGCCCCCAACAAAAAUCGUGGAAUUCGAUUUGGCACAACAAACCGUGAUUGAUGCUAAAGAUUCCAAGUCCUUCAACUGUCGCAUUGAGUAUGAGAAGGUUGACAAGGCCACCAAGAACACACUCUGCAACUACGACCCUUCAAAAACCUGUUACCAGGAGCAGACCCAAAGUCACGUGUCCUGGCUCUGCUCUAAGCCCUUCAAGGUGAUCUGUAUUUACAUUUCCUUUUAUAGUACAGACUAUAAACUAGUACAGAAGGUAUGCCCUGACUACAACUAUCACAGUGACACACCUUACUUUCCCUCCGGAUGAAGAUGAACAGGGCCUGAGACUGAAGCCUGCGGAGUUAAAGGUCAUAGGACAGGGCUGUCACCUUAAGGAAGAAGGUCACAUCUGUUGCCUGGAAUGUGUCUACCUUGCUGCUCUUGUUGACUGGUGCACACAUGCUAGUGGAAAACAAUUGAUGUCAUUUCUGCACAGUCAGCUUCAUCUCUCAGCAUAGUUGUAAAUCACCAUAGAUCUCAGAGUCUCAUCUGAAGACAUGCUGUCACGAAUAGAGGCCCAUGAGCAUCCAUUCUUGCACAUUUCAGCUCACAUCUAUCAUGGUUCCCUGUGAGAGAGCUUUCAUUGUCUGACUCAUGAUGGUUCAGGACAAACUAUGAUCAAACAAAAAGAAUUAACUAGACAGAGGAUGUGUCUAACAUGCUGUUACGGAAAUCUCUUUUAAGGUCUUGAGUCCAUGCUAAUCGAUAAUCCCCACUCAUGCAUUCCUACUGCUUGGAGUAGCUGUGCUGGUGAAUACUACUGUAGGAGUUAUAUGCUUGUUAAAUGGAAAAAAAUGUGUCUUUAGAGCUCAGUAUUCUUUAUUUUAUGAACACAACACAGUGUAGUAGCUUUUUCCCAGCAUACAGUAGACACAUUCAAGGUGAUACAGGGUGGCUUUUCUUUCUAUGGAGGGAGGAGCUUGUUCUCAGUAAAGAUGAGCAAACAUUUGGAAUUUACAUGUGGGCGGACAGCUUAUCUUGCCUAUCACCGGACCUUUGCAAUGCUGAUACCAACUAAGGCUGCUUAACACAAGUUCUGAUCAUUAUUUGAGAAGGGAAAUGCCGGGCAGACACCAUGUAAGUUAUAAGUGUCUGUCUUAUCUUUACUACACAUAUUGUAACAAACUCAAUAUCCUAGUCUUCAUUUGUAUGAAUGGUUUGUACUGUAUAUAGUUUAACCAAGUGUUAUUUGAGCUGCUUAUUAAUAUUAAAUUGUACUUGUCUCUCUGCUUGUUAUUGGUUAAAAAGGAAAAAAAAAGAUCUAAGGAAUCAAUUUUAUCAACGUAGCUGUGAACUCCAUUAAAAAGACAAAUUUAAUAUACAAAGCAUCUAUUCAGCUCAAGUAUUGUUGAAAGCUAUACAUAUACAACAUUACACUGUCUGUAUUUAGAUAUUUUAUUUCUGGAAAAAAGAAAUGUACAUAAAAAUAAAACACUUAAAGUUGAGUUUCAAUACGUACGUGUGUAACAUGGUGAUUUAAAAGGUUCUGACAAGAAGAAUGUGCUGGAAUACAGCCAUGGAUUUGCAUCACAUGUCUUUGAAUUUGAGCAGAAUUAUCUAAAUUGCUAUUAGCUGCCUAGUCAAAACAACUUAAGAGUCUCAGUAUCAAGCCUGGGAAGUAAUUGUGGCAUACAACAUUGCAUGCAUUUUUUGGUUUACUGCAACGUUAGCUAUUCAAGAGUACCAAGGAAGAAAAAGAAAUCAGUGAAUAUAGGGAAAAUAUUGUUGUUGCCUAAAUUAAUUAUAAUAAGUAGAUUUUCUCUCAUGUACAGUCUUUAUUUAAUUGGAGUAUUGAAGUGAAGGCUUUGUUUUCUCUUUAAAAGAAAACUGAGCUGUCUUGAAGAUGUGAAUUUCCCUGAGUGGUUGUGAUGACACUGUUCUCCUGGAGAAAUUGGGACAGCAUUGGAGAUCUCCAAGUCUCACAUUACUUAUACCAGAGGAGAUCCAACUAUGUAUGUAGCAUUGUAUAUGGACACUAAGAUUUAUUUUUACAGUUGUUGUACACAAUCCUAGAAAAAUAAACAGCUGAAGAAACGUUCAAGGUCACUCCUUUUUAAGACCACAGGUUUGGUGUUGAAAUAUAAAGAGUCUCAAAGUUAGCCAAAGAAGUCAAAUUAAGAGCACUCAGUCACUGUCACCCUCUGGCAUUCUGCUUAAGCUGGGCAUCUUUCUCACAGAGAAAACAACAGGAAGAUGACAAUAAAAGCCACACACUUCUCAAAGAAGAGCUCAAUCACCACUCUCAGGAAGGCAUCUUCUUCUCUUAAUCAAAUGGGUACCAUGCUAGGUGUCCUUAGAGCCACCUGCCAUGUGUAGGUAGCCAUCUCUAUCAAUAUGUGCAUGAACUGUCCAUGAAACUUAGAAGAUCUGUGGCAGAACAAGCAGGAAGAGCUUCAUGCAGUCCAGCUGUUGGAUAUGCUUGUCCCAAAUAAGUCUUUCCUGGUGCUUAUAAAUCAUGAGCACUUUGGAAUUGUUUCCAAGUAAACAAAAGAGAUAAAGGGAGAAAGCAGUCAUUUUCUUUAGCGUUAUUUGUUGAUUGAAUGUAGCUUUCAUUUAUGUAGUCUGAAGUGGUUUUUUUUUCCAAUCCAUAAUUCAAAAUAAGAUAAAAACUUGCUUUGGUCUCUACCCUUUUACUCUGUACUACCAAUACUGUUAAUAUAUCUUUACAAACAUAAAUAAUAUACCUAACACUGUGAUUCAUUUAUCUGCCAUUUUAUAGAUUUCUUGGGAAAAACACAAUGAAAACAUAUAGGCAACUUUUGAUUUCAAUUAUUUAGAAAUCAAAACGUUUAGACUCUUUUUGGGUCUAUAAAUAUCCUUCCAAAUUCCAACAUUUUCAACACUGACCAUAUAUUAUACCAAGAAUUCAUGGUGACACAGAAGUUUAACAAUUUAUCUGUACCCAAUGUCUUCUUCCUGUGGUUGCCAGGAACUAGGUAGAGGAAGAUCAUCAAUGUGAAGAUUUCAGAUAUUCAUACUAAAAUUCUAUUAGAGCAACUUGCUACUUCAGUGAGCUAGUUAACUAAGUUUUAAUUAUGUCUAAAAAUGUACUGGUCUUGUGAAAAAGGAACUUUAUGUAAUGAUAAAGAAACACCUCUCAGAGUUUGAAAAUUAUCUUAUACUUUCGAAAAGAUACAGAAGUAAACUUCCAUGAGUACAGUGCAUCUGAAGGAAGCAAGGGAUUGACAAUCAUCUAGUUUUCUUAAAAAAUGAAAGACAACAGAACAAAACAAAAUAAAAACCAACAUCUCAACAGAAUUGAAAUUAAGAAAAAGUGUAUUACCCUGGUUUCUUGCCUCUAUGAUGAAAAAACAUAUUGUCGGGUUUAUCCAUUUAUGACUAAAAAUGAAAAUGUUUGAGCUUUUGGUUCUAUGACUAUCAGUGAAGCUUUUGUGUUUGGGUAGAAGGAGACACAGUGGUAAUAAUGCAAGGCUAAUGUUAUUCUGCAAGAACUUGAGAGGUCCGUUAAAUGUAAAAGUGUUGCCUGAGACUUCACUUCAGCAAGGAAUUGUAAGCCAUAUUUUUUAACACAAUAGAUUUAAACAAACCCUGAGCAUCCUGAGAAACUGUUUUCUCACUGCUUUGCAUGGAAAAACUGCUUAACCAAUAUAAACAGCCCUUUGGAAGAGGAAUUUGCAUCUUUACCAUCAACUAUGAAUGCCACAUUUUAGCCAGAAGCAAACACAAAUGGAUAUAAACUUCCCACAACCUAGCUGACAUGUCAACUGCAGUCACUUUAUUAACUGUCAAUCAUUUUUAGUGUUAUUUUUAUUCAAAUCAAAUAAGAGUCAUUAGACACUAUAUAAAAUACUUGAAGCUGAUUUGCCUAAAUAUGAUCACUUAGUUUAUAAGUGUUAAAAACAUGAAUUCACCUGUGUAGCGUCAGCACAAUCCUUAAAACCUGAUUACUGGGUCAUCCUUUUGAAGAGAUUUCAGACACAUGUGUGUCAGAGAAUGGUUGCUGGGAAACACUGAGAAUGUUAGGACCUGCUCUCCAAAUUUUAUAUCCAAUUUAAAAAAUGGUUGAAGUAAAAUAUAUAAUUAUGUUUCUUUUAACUAGGGUGGAAAAAUGCAAGUCUUACAAAUAAAAAAUUUUAGUUUUGAGUUUUCCUCUGAGCAAUGUUAAGAGAAACAUUCUAGAAUGAGUGCCAUGCAUCUGGGAAAAUGUCUUAAGUUUGACCAAAUAAACUUUAAUGUUUUUAUUUCUGCCUUGCAGGAACAUGCAUCAUAUCAUUGAUAAGUAACAGGGAGGUGGCUACACUACUAGGAAAGUAAGCUGAGCUGCCUUUCCUUGGUGGCUGCAGCAGCUAUUGCUAGGGGAAGUCUAGGUCUAUUCUAGGUUUGAACCUGGAUUAGACACUCACCUCCAUUCUUCUCUGGGUAGCCUUUGCUGUCCUGGAUUUAUUUGCUCUAUAGCUCAGGCUGGCCUUGAAUGAGUAGAUUCACAUGCAGGGAUUAAAGGCAUGCACCCACAACACCCCAGCCCCCACAGCCAUUUCUAUUUCCACCUGGCUGGCACUGUUUUAUUAUUAAAGAUUCUGUGUUUGGACCUCACAUAGCAGCUCUAGCAUUCCUAGUCUCUGAUUCUCUUGUCUAAUCAAACAAGUGUUUGGACUUAAUCCUUGUAAUUGUGACUGUUGAAGAAAUACAGCAAGAGCUUUGGUAACAUGCAGCAACUGCUAAGUAACUGCAUUUAAAUACACACACACACACACACACACACACACACACACACACAACUGUCAUUGUCAAAAUUAAUUCUUUACCCUUUCUGAAAUCCAACUUUCAUAUUAAGCUUAUUUCUGUACUUAUUUUUUUGAGUUGCUAACAGUGUUUCAGGAGAAUGGAUAUCACAUGAUACCUGUUCAGUGGAUGGUUAUGAUUUCACAUUCAGGAAACUUCAGACACAGUUCCUAUACAAAUGCCAACCCUGGCCCCAGCUGAGGCAGAGGUCAGCUCUGAUUAUCACUGCCAAUUCACCAACGUAGCAGGCAAGGUCAUUUUCCCAAACUACUAUUUGCUAAAUCAUUUUUGGAUCGGAGACGUUGGCGAGAUGUCUUCCAGCUUGAUAAAUAUGAGGCUUGCAGAUCAGCAAUAUGGAGAGCAGUAAUGUAAUUCUGAAUUACUUCAGGUUCCUGCUCAGAGUCUCAUUUCAGGGAACUGUCUGCUGUAUGCUUAAGAAACUUCCAACAUGGUAACUUUAUUUUUCACUGAAAAUGACUCAAGGAAUUAUUAUAUGUGUUCAGUUAGAAUCUCCUCAUGUUGUUAGGUUAUGAAUUGAGUUUUUUUCACAGAUGUACUUUCACACAUACAAAACGUAGGCUAUUUUCUGCAUAAAGUUGAGUGCAUAAGUGAAUUUGAAAGGAUUGCUUAAACUUGUGUUUUAAUUUUAUUUUUUUCACUAUUUUAUUAUGCAAAGAAAUAGAGCAAAAGCUGCUUAUUUUUCUGCUUUCUGAAGUUUCCAAAUGAAAGAAACUUUGGGGGUUGCUUUGUGUGUUUAACUGUGUUUGCUGGUAUUCUAACAACUAAGUAAACUUCCACUCAUGCAAAUUUUUAAAUUUACUUGCACAUAUUAUACUAUUGUUCAAAACAAGAAUUAUUUAAAAGAACCAUAGUGUAAAGGAGAUUACUUCCUAUCAGUUUCCUUUCUUUACUAGUACCAUGUUCAUUUUUCUUCCAGAAUAGUCUGAGAACUUUCUUCAUCAUUAGCUGAGCCUGACCAUCAACUUCACAUUCUCUUUAAGUGUUAAGAGAAUAAAACUUAUCAACAGAACAUCAUGUAACUCAUCAUUAACAAGCUUUAUAUUACCAAAAGUACAAUAUUUCAUUUGAUAUGAGCCAUAAGAGAAUGAGUGUGCUUACUGAGGUACACUUGAUACCCAAUAAAUUAUAGAAGCAUAAGUACCUAGUGUUGCAUAUUUCUGGGUAUGUACACACCACCAUUGCACUGUAUAACAAGAAUAAAUCUAUUUAUCAUCCUCCCACAAAUUCUGUGUGCCCUAUUUUCAUCUCUGGCAACUCCUCCAAACAUUAUACUCCUAUUUCUUCCCUGAUAAUCCAUUUUGGACACUAUGGUGGUUCCCAUACUAGUUCAUUCUUUUAAAAUAUGUUGUUUUAUUUUGUGACAACCAACCUCAUACAUGCAUAUAAUGUGUUUGAUCAUACUCACCUCCCAUUACCCUGUUUUGUCCCAGUUUUCCUCCCCACUAUUUGAGUUUGAAAUUGUUUUGUUUUUGUUGUUGUUUACCAGGUCUCCUGCCCCACCCAUCAGAAAGAAGCUUAUCUUGUUUUCUUAAAGAGAAAUCUUGAAGCACUAGGACACACAUUCUGCAUCAUAUCUACCAUGUUUGUUAUGCAUGUUACGAAUAUAGAGUAAUAAAACCACCUUGCACAUUCAGAAACGGUGCUUCCUUAUUUACAUCACAGAGAAAAAGAAUUUGUUUUGUUUUGUUUGUUUUGCUAGAAAUGUAAUGAUUAAUGGUAACAUGUCUCUGGGAAAGAGUUUUAGUUCUUUCAACAUAAGACCCUUGCUUGUAUGUGAAAUUUUUGAAAUGUGCAAGGCUUCUAAUAGGGAACAUAGAGAACACAGGGAAUGUAGCUAGCAUGUGGAAUGCAGAAGCUGAUGAAUCCACAAGGUUAGGAUGCAAAAAUACAAAAACUGUUUGACAGUGUUGAUUAUGGAUAAACUGAUGGGAUGCGGGUCUUUGGAGAUGGCAGAAUGAGAUAAUGGUGAGUGAAAAUCAGGUACCAUUCCAAAUAAAACCAGAGUACCAUCCAUGACCUGUGGAUGUCUUAAGCAACCUGUGGAACAGCAUGAGAAGACCCUCAACAAACCUGAGUUGCCUGAGUUAUUAGGGUUUUUGCAUAGAUAUUUUGUUCCAGAGAAGAGUGGACAUUUUCUACAAUUAACUACAUAGUGUGAUAUUAAUACCUGGUAGGGAUAACUUCCAUCAUUCACUGGAGUUUGUGGAUGUGCUUUUACAGAACUAGGAGAUGUAGGACACUGUGAAUCAGGCUCAUCACGGAGUAAAGUCUAAUGAAGUACAUAGCAACUUAUUAGCACGCAAAGACCCUUUUCUAAAAUUUAUGUCCAGUAUAACUCCAUAAUUUUAUAUUUGUUUAUACAAUAAUCACAAUAAUGCUUUGGAUUAAAAUCAUACUUCCAGAAUUAUGAAGGAGAUUAUAAAGAUAAAUAAUGGUUGCAAAUCCAUACUCCAAUUAUUUUCUUGUCACGUUUCUAUAGUUUCCAAAUAAUGUAGUAAAUUUUUAAACUGAUACACAGAAACGAAGAGAAAUUUUAAGGCAAGCUACUGGAUCAUUUCCCUAAGUAAUAUACUGAAUUACAAAUAUUACUCAAUUUUAUGCUAAAAGAUAUCAGUGUAAUGCUUUCUUUUUUUACUACAUUGCAAAUCUAGUGUAUCCUUCCUUAAUUGCCUUGCUUAUAUAUUUGAAUACUGCAUUUCUAUAUCAGGCCUAUAAUUUAUGUGUUUCAGAUAUCAAUAAACUUCAAUAGGAAUUCUUCUUGAGCCUCUGAUCAGCUCACUUUACCCCUAGAAAUAAAUUUAUCCAUUGAACAUAUUUAUUUCAUGCUUUUUUUGUGCUGUGCACUAUGUAGAUUCUGAGAUAAGUCCAUAAAUAUCUAGACAUGAAAGCCAACUAAGAAAACCCUCACUAAAUAAGUACUUUGUAUGCUUUGUGGUAGUAAGUACUGUGAAGGAUAGAGUUAAUUAGUUUACUGUUCAUAUUUACCAUUGAUAACUGGUUCUUCUUUGGUGACACUAGAAAUAAGGAAGAGAGCUAGCCACAUAGUUAUAAUGUACAUCAGUACAUGGGCAAGCAUAGCAUUAUAAAUGGCUGUGGUAGAUUUGGCUAGGUAGAUGUAGGUUAGAGGAGAUGGAGCAGAGAGAAGCCUGCAGAGAAAGAUAAACUAAGCUAAAAGGAAGCAGUGUUUUGACUGCAUAGGGGUACCCAGAGGGUUUUGAGCAGAUAAAUUACAUGAUGGAACUAAAUUAUAUAAAAGGGAACUGUGAGUGGAGGAAGACCAGGUGUGAAACUGCUACAAUAAUGCAGGUAAGAGAUGAGAUGUGUCAGAUUUAGAUCAAGGUGGUGGUAGUGUAGGCAGCAGAAAGCCAUUAAAUUCUGGAUAUACUGCAAAGGUGGAGCCCUGGAUUCAUUUGUUGAUGGUGAGAUAUAAAAGAAACAAGAGCCACUGAUGGCUUAGUUAUGUUUUAUAUCUGGAUUAUAUAGAGAGGCAGACGUUUAUUUUAAAAUGUAUCAUUUAACCCAGAGAUGGCUCAGGGGUUAAAAGUAGUAGCUGUUCUUGCAGAGGGCAUCGGUUCUGUUCCCAGGAACCAAUGGUAACUAACAGGCAUCAGUUACUAUACUUCCAGGGGCUCCAAUGCCCUUUUCUGGUCUAUUAGGGCAUCAGGCAUGCACAUGCUAUGCACACACCUAUGCUGUCCAAACAUGCAUACACAUAAAACAAAAAUAAAUAAAAUCUUUAAGCAAACAAACAUUUUAAGGCACAUUUUGAAAUGUGCUGGCAAUCACUCAUGCUCACAUAUUAUCUGACUGGUGUUAGUACCAUUGGCCCAUCUCUUCAACACACUUGAAAGGGGAAGGAACUUAUAUUUUGAAGUCUAUUUAUCUCCUUUGGAUAUUCAUAACAUUUUAAUGCAUUAUGUUAUUUUUGUGUAGUUAUUUUCCUGAAUUGUGUCUCAUUAAAAUAAUUUAUUGGAGAGGAUUUAUGUUACGUUAAUUCACUGGAAAAUUGAGAGAAAAAUUAUUAUGUAAAUUGGAAGGAGCAAUUAAGUAGAUAGUGGUUUUUGAAGAUUUCUUAUUUCUUAUUGAGGUAUAACAACUAAAUAUAAUAAAAGGUUUCAUCAUGUAAUUUUCAAAUAUGCACAUUAUAUAACUUUAUCAUAUAUUUUAUGUUCAAUAGUUCAACUACUUAUAAUUGAUAUCUAACAUAUUUUCGUAUUGUCUACAAAUAGGGUGAUGAUUUUAAAACAGGAUUUAAUGUUGGCUAUGAAGUUUCCCAAAGUGUACAAACAGCCUUUUUAUUGGAAGAGAAAAUUUAGUUUCCAUUGCAUAUAAGAGAGUUUUUAAACUCAAAACUUUCAAUAAUAGUGAAUCUGAAUGAGUAAAAUAAAUCAUAUUAUUAAUUGAAUUAGUGAAAAAAGUUUAAAAAUUUAAGAUUACUUUUAAAAGUAUAUCUAUCUAUUAUAUAGCUAGCUAUAAGGAAACUAAUCAUUUUAACAAACAUUUUAAUAAUGUUUAAUAACUGUUAAAACAUAAUUUAUGCAUUUUAACUUUGAAACAAAAAUUAAUAAUAAAUAAUAAAACAAAAUAUUUGAUCAGUAAGUCUUUGGAAUGCUCCAAUCUUGCAGGCAAACCUUUUCCAAAUCUGUAGGUAUUGACAGGGGAGUUAAUCUGAAUUGUGCAACUAGGAAGUUUCAACACAGGAACAAAGCUUAGAGUUGUGAAUGCAAAUGUUAUGAUAAUUAAUGUGACUAGAAAAAUGUACUGUUCAUGUAAUUGUGUAUGUCAUUGUGUCCUCAGGGCUGAUUCAUUUGAUUCAGAUCAAUAUACUGUUGUGGGAUAAUUGAUUCUAAAAUAUUGUGCUGUAGAUUAAGCAUAUGGAAUCUAUAUUUAUUUAGAAACAUAAAUAUGUUUGCUACUCAAAUAGUUACAGUCAUAAGCUCUUGGUGACUUAUAUCGUUUGUCAAAACAUACAAAACAAGGUAGAACUGACUCAUUUCAUAUGGUAGAUAUAUUUCAUAUUAUUUACUCUUGUCCUUUAUAAAAACACUUUAGGAUUUCCUGUUACAGAAUAAUAGCUUAAUAAGCAGUUUUAUUAGCUAAGCAUUUUAACUAUUGCAUUUAUCCUAAACACAUUGCUGCUAAUGAGUUAUCUGGAGAAAGUGCUGAAUAAAGAGCUUUAAAAGAAGACAAGUCCUACAUUUAUGAGUGCUGCCUCUGAUUUUUAAUCUAUCCAUAAAUUCAUAUAGAAUGUGAUGGCAGACCUUGAUAGCACUUACACCUUUCAGUGUUUCUGAAUCAUAGAUAGCAUAUUUCAAAAGUUUGGGUCAGAUAUUUUGGCUCCCACAAUUAUAAUUGCAAAAGUCAUAUAUUUACGGUGAAAUUAAUAGAAAUAGCAUAUGGAGGAGCCAACAUUUUCUUUGACUUGAGUAUGGCAAUGCCCAACAAUUUAUUAAAUGUGCUCUAAUUGUUGUAUGUGAUCUUCCAGUAAAGCAGCAACAGACCUGGAUGAAGUCGCCCAUAGAUCUCUACUCCCCUUAUCAUCUCAGACCACAUUUUUAAACCAUUGCUUUUCUGAAAGUUUUCUUUGACCAAUAAAAUGUGCUUUGCUUCCUGUAAAGCAGGUAGGAAGGGACAAGAUACUAACAUUCUGCUAAGGGACAGAUUUCCUGUGAUCAGUAUGGCUGUCUUCAUUCAGACCUCUUAAGCAGACAAGCUAGGUGUUUUGUAUUGGCUCUCAUACCCCAUACUUGCAGGGUAGACAUUUUUCACUCUCUUUUCUCCUAUUCUUUGCUAUGCUUCUCCCCCUGCUCAGUUCUUGAUUCCACUAAUGAAUUCUGUUUAAAAUUGGCCCAUGGUAAGUUACAGAUAUUAAUAUUGAGAUAAGAAAAUGCUUCUAGGAAAUCUAUGUCAAACUAAUACUACAAAUUUGUAUUUGAUCAUAUGUUCAUUCUCAGUCAUGACUGCAAAAUGAUACUUUGUACCUGAAGAUUUUAGAAAGCACAUUUACUGAGGUAAAACUUACAUAAUAACAUGUAAUUAGUUUAAAAGUAUAGUUUAAUAGACUUGUACCUAGCUGUAUUCCUCAUUACAACCCUAACAUAGAACAUCCCCAUUACCCUAAAAUGUUCACCUUAAAAUGUCUUUUUGUAGUCAGUGUAACACCACAAAUGAUAUGCCAUUUUUCAACAUAUAUUAACCUUUUCUUGUUCUAGGUUUUCAUGUAAAAUAUACAUUCAUUUUUACUAGCUUCCCAGGUUCUAUACUGUUUUUGAGAAUCAUUCAGUUUAUGUCCUAUGAAUCACUCGGAUUUUAGCUAUUAUGAAGAAUGUUUCUUUGGAUAUUUAUGAAUAUGUUCUAUGUGGUGUUAAGUCUUAUUCCUUUAGGGUAAAUACUUAUGAUUAGAAAUAUGGGUUUUGUGAUCAUAAGAGUGUACUUUUGCAAAAAAGAGCAACUAGAUUAUGAAAUGGUUUCAUUAGUUUUAUAUUCCUAUGGACGGUUUAGAGUUAUAGUUGUCUUGUGGACUUCUCACAUUGGGUAUUGUCUGUCUUAUUUAUUAUAAGUCAUAUGUAAAACUACCUGCAAGUAGAUUAACUUUGUAUUUUCUUCAUGAUAUGUGAUUCAGGGUACUAUCUUAGAUACUUAUUAACAAUGUAUAAAUAUAUUAUUUUUUAUAGUCUAUUGAAAUAUUUUUAUUUUCAAAUUGAACUGUAGAAUUUCUAUUCAUCAUUUUGAAGUACAUAUUGUGGACAUUAAACUUUGUCAGAUAAGCAAUUUUGUCCACUCUUAGCUUACUCUCUAGUUUUAUUAAUGAGGUUUUAAGAAAAAAAUUUCAAAGUCUUAUUUAAAUAGUUGAUGCAUUACUGUUAUCUUAACAUUUUUGUCUCUAUAUAUUUUAUUUCAGAAUUAUCUGAGCAUAGUUAUUUUCAUUGAGAUAUAUGAUAUGUUUAAAGUUAGCUUUUGUGUUCUGUGGAAAAGUUGGUGCAGUGUCUUCAAAGGGGAAUAAUUUUCUUCCACUAUCUUUGUUGACAAAACUGUGCUUCCUGUUAAAUUAACAAAAUUUUGUAAAAAUCAGUGAUUGAACAUAUGUACAUGGUCUACUUUUCAACAUAUUUGUGUCACUUUGACAUCUAUGUCUAUGCAUUUUGAUAUAUGCUGAGUUCAUUGUUAUUAUGUGUUUUCAAAGUAUUCUUGUCUUAACCCAUGAUAUGUUUAAUUUACAAAUAUUUAAGAAUUUUCACAUUUCUUUUGGCUACUAAUUUUUAUCUUCUCUAUGGCUCAGAGAAAUAGCCUACAUGAGUGUCAUCUCUAGAUUUAUUGUGAGUUAUUUUGUAGGUCAGCAUAUAUUCUAUUAGUUAAGAUUUGUUCAUAUGACCUUAAAAGUGAUGUUUUACUGUUUUUAUUGUAAAGUAUAAUGUCAACUGUUUCAGGUUGGUAGCAAACAUUUAGACACUCAAUAUCCUUUCAGAUUUUGUGCAUAUAUGAUUUUCCAUUGUUAAGUAUAUUAAAAUUUGAAACUAUUAA